AUGGCUCUCCUCAUCUUGCUGUUCCUGCUGCCAAGUCCCUUGCAUUCCCAGCACACUUGUAGUAUCUCCAAAGUGACCAGCCUGCUGGAGGUAAACUGUGAGAACAAGAAGCUGACAGCACUGCCUGCAGACCUGCCAGCAGACACAGGCAUCCUCCACCUGGGCGAGAACCAACUGGGUACCUUCUCCACAGCAUCCCUGGUGCAUUUCACUCACCUCACUUAUCUGUACCUGGAUAGAUGUGAGCUGACCAGCCUGCAGACCAAUGGUAAACUGAUAAAGCUGGAAAACCUGGACUUAUCCUAUAAUAACCUGAAAAGCCUGCCCUCCCUAGGAUGGGCAUUUCCUGCACUCACUACUCUAGAUGUCUCCUUCAACAAGUUGGACUCACUGUCUCCUGGUGUCCUGGAUGGCCUAAGCCAACUCCAAGAGCUGUACUUGCAGAACAAUGAUCUUAAGAGUCUGCCCCCCGGGCUCUUGUUGCCAACAACCAAGCUGAGGAAACUCAAUCUGGCCAACAACAAAUUGCGUGAGUUGCCCCCUGGGCUCCUAGAUGGGCUGGAGGAUCUUGAUACCCUCUAUCUUCAAAGGAACUGGCUUCGCACAAUACCAAAGGGCUUCUUUGGGACCCUCCUCUUGCCUUUUGUUUUUCUCCAUGCCAACAGCUGGUACUGUGAUUGUGAAAUCCUCUACUUCCGUCACUGGCUCCAGGAAAAUGCCAACAAUGUCUACUUAUGGAAGCAAGGUGUGGAUGUCAAGGACACGACUCCUAACGUGGCCAGUGUACGAUGUGCCAACUUGGACAAUGCGCCUGUCUACUCCUACCCAGGGAAGGGCUGCCCUACUAGUAGUGGUGACACAGACUAUGAUGACUAUGAUGAUAUCCCUGACGUCCCUGCCACAAGAACUGAGGUCAAGUUCUCUACUAACACUAAAGUUCAUACUACCCACUGGAGCCUACUCGCCACAGCACCUUCUACUUCUCGAGACAGCCAAAUGAUUUCUUUGCCUCCAACUCACGAACCUACUAAAAAACAAUCUACAUUCAUCCACACACAGAGCCCAGGUUUCACCACACUCCCAGAGACCAUGGAAUCUAACCCAACCUUCUACAGUCUAAAACUCAAUACUGUACUCAUCACCACCCCAACCACCCUAGAGUCCACCUCCACCCAGGCUACCCCAGAGCCCAGCAUCCAACCAAUGCUUACCACCUCCACCCUGACUACCCCAGAGCACUACACCACUCCAGUGCCCACUACUGCCACCCUGACUACCCCAGAGCNCNNCACCACNCCAGUGCCCACUACUGCCACCCUGACUACCCCAGAGCNNAGCACCACCCCAGUGCCCACUACUGCCACCCUGACUACCCNAGAGCCCAGCACCACCCCAGUGCCCACUACUGCCACCNUGACUACCCCAGAGCCCAGCACCACCCCAGUGCCCACUACUGCCACCCUGACUACCCCAGAGCCCAGCACCACCCCAGUGCCCACUACUGCCACCCUGACUACCCCAGAGCCCAGCACCACUCUAACUAAUCUAGUGUCCACUCUCUCCCCAGUACUCACUACCACCCUGACCACUCCAGAGUCUACCCCAAUUGUGACGAUUUUAGAACAAUUUUUUACCACAGAGCUCACUUUACUCCCUACCUUAGAAUCCACCACCACAAUAAUCCCAGAGCAGAACAGCUUCCUCAAUCUCCCAGAGGUAGCUGGAGUAAGCUCUGAGACUUCUGAAAGCAGUCCUUUUCUCAAUUCUGACUUUUGCUGCUUCCUCCCCCUGGGCUUCUAUGUCCUUGGUCUCCUCUGGCUCCUAUUUGCCUCUGUGGUCCUCAUCUUGUUGCUGACCUGGACUUGGCAUGUGACACCACAGACUCUGGACAUGGAACAAUCUGCUGCAUUGGCCACAAGCAUUCACACCACAAGCCUGGAGGUACAGAGGGCAAGGCAAGUAACUAUGCCCCGGGCCUGGCUGCUCUUCCUUCAAGGAUCACUCCCUACUUUCCGGUCUAGCCUUUUCCUGUGGGUAAGGCCUAAUGGGCGUGUGGGGCCUCUUGUAGCAGGACGGCGACCCUCAGCUCUGAGUCAGGGUCGUGGUCAGGACCUAUUGGGCACAGUGGGCAUUAGGUACUCAGGCCAUAGCCUGUGACAGUGAGUGGAGAUCCAAAGACUUCACUGGACUCUACUAGGAUCUAACUGGGAUGGGAGGCUGAGACCAUUACAGGACAUCCUAGCCAUUUCUCCUUUAUCUGAA